GCAGCUUCAGCACGUUGUUCUUGUUCAAUCAGAGUCCAGAAUGAGUGGUCGAUCCAUGUACUGCUCGCCACUGCUUGUCAUUGAUCAUUAAUGGCCAGCAGAAUGAAGUCAUUGCAUCAAUGUUGCUUUGUAUACCCCUAUCACUAUAAUAUUUUUAUUACAUUGCAGAUUUAACCUCUCAGCCCCCAGAGCUGACUUCAUGUCACGAAUAUUGUGGGUCGUACUUUUGAAUCAAUACCUCAUCGCCUGAGUGUAGGUUAGAGGAAACAAGGAUGGGGAGACGUCAACACGGAUGUGCCGGUCUUGUCCAUGGAACAUGCCCGAUGUCAGAAAUUAGAUUGGCUGUCAAGUGUAGACGAAAUCCACAGAUUGGCUCAGCUGAGGUUGAGUUGUCAUUCCGGAUGCAAUCUGCGCGCAGUUUACUUUUCCCCAUGAAGAUUAGGCCUUCAAAUGGCCAGAUCCAGGCUAGUGUUUCCCUUUAUGGAUGCAUAAUGAUGAUUCUUGAUUUUUUACGGGAAUUUACUGCUGUUUCGGUCAUCGCAUCCACGAAUACCCUCAUAGAACGCUGUGGAAGUCUCUCAGAUCGACAUGAGCAUGGCAGCAGAGGAAUCGAAGAGUCGAUGAGUUUCAGCUCAUUCAGCUCAAGCCACCAUGGCGAACCGUCUCCACCGGCCUCAUCGUGGUGCAUUAGAUCAACAGUUCACCUCCAACUGCCCCACCUUUCGACUUGUCAUCUCGAAGGCCGACUGGGACAAUGGAGUCAGCGUCACACCAGCAGACCUUGUCCACGUCCUUGUUAACCCCCAUCGACCCUUAUUUUUAUUAUAGAAUAUUCGAAAACAGACAGGAUUUACUUGAUUGCACGCAUAACAUCAAUGAUUCACCCUUAUAAAGCAACAUGAUUGAACACUGAGUGAGCGGGGGACCGAUUACGUAACCAUGUGCGUCUCGUUUAACCGCGGGGUCGACCCGUUCGUCACUCUUCAUCCACGGAGAACACGCAGAUCACUC